UACACGCGGAGCCCGCGUCGUUUGUACUGCGACUGCUGUGCUCCCGCAAUCUAAUUUGAAAUAUUACUAUUAUAAUAAACUUUGUACUGUGCUUACGUUUAUCACAAUAAUACUUUUUUAUUGGUGUCUGGUGUUCUUGCGCUUGCUGCUGCGCUUACUGGCUACCUACCUCGACACGGCCUGCUGCUUUCGAAUUGUUCGAAGGUGGCGUUUGGUCCCUCCGAAACCUGUCCAUCACGGUCCCGCGCGCAGUCUACUCAGGAGAGGGCCAGUCGGCACUGCUCCAGUGUUCCUAUGACCUUGAAGGGGCGCCACUGUACAGCAUAAGGUGGUAUCGAGCUGAGACUGAGUUCUACCGCUACGUGCCGAGGGAGAUGCCACCGAGUAUGGUCUUCCCGUUGCCUGGAGCGUCGGUUGAUCUGGACCAAUCAGAUCGCAACCAGGUGCGCAUCGUGAACAUGAACCGGCAGCUCAGCGGGGACUACCAGUGCGAAGUGUCUGCUGACGCGCCGCUGUUCCAUACAGACAUACGCUCAGCACCUCUCACUGUUGUUGAUCCGCCAUUCCGCGCUCCUCAGAUCUCCAUAUCUGAAGACGUAUACUCCCGCGGCGACGUGUUGCGAGCCAACUGCUCCGUCGACGAGUCCUACCCCGUGCCAAACAUAACCUGGAUCAUCGAUGAUCACAAAGUAGCAGAGACUGUGUCCUGGACCUCAGAACUGGACUUCAAAGAGCGCAGCGCUUUCAGUCAGAUUGCCAUCUCCAUUGAAGAUGCUGAGCCCUACAGAAUGGGCAUCACUUACACGAGCUCCAGUUUAAACAGAGUCUACCACAACCCUUACUAUGAUGAGAAGAAACUAAACCACGACGUCAUACAGUACACCCUGGUACCUCCUCCAACGGGUCAGUUCAGCCUGGAGUGUGCAUCGACGAUAUACGAUCUGUACAGCCGCAAGAGUGAACCUGUGUACAUCAGGAUGGCAGAUGCACCUUAUCCCGCACCUAGGUCCAGAUCCGUCACUGGGGACGAAUCAUCAGGUGUCCGUCGGUCAAGCAAAGCUCUCCUGACGCUUGUCUCUGCAAUCACCAGUGUCUACCUCACGUUAUGAUCACAAGGUCCCCCCCUGGGCUCCGAGCCCCCUUUCAAUUACGCUAACUGAAUGUUGUGAUAGCCAUUCAACUAGAUAUUUGUACUAAUUAAGAUGAUUAUUUGAAUGUUACAAAUUAUUAUAUGUGAAUAUGUAAAUAAAUUAAUUAGUUACUCA